CCGGUACCAGGCACCGAAGAGUUGGAGUUGGUUGUUAACUUUCCGCGAUAGCGCUGGCGUAUUUACCGCUCCUCAUGGCGCACGUUCGAGGGGGAAGUUGUAGAAGUACUUGCCCUACCGGUCGGUGCCUUUUACAUCGCAGUCCAGCAAAGGAAAAGGGCUUCAGUCUAGGUUUAGAGCUCGUUCGAUUACGAUGUCUUCGCGCAGUGGUCAUUCAAUGAAGCUGCUUUGGUAGUUUUGGUUUGGGGCUUUCAGAGAGGUGCACGUGCCACCAACACAUCGAGGGUGAAUAUUGUAUCCACACGCGAGAUGGGCGGAUUGUGGAUGAUGUAAACAUCAUAGCGUGGUGAUAAAGUGCUGACGUUUUAUAGUGUGUAUAAUAGUGGAAGGCAUCUGUUAAGAGUUGUUUUUCUGUCAUUUAGUAAAAAGAAGCAAGUGUUCUUUAAAUCAUCUGUGAAUCCAGCUUUUGGCAAGAUAACAGUGAAAAUAUGUUUGACUGAUCUGGUUUAGCUAUUAGUGGUGAGAUGCUUUAGUACCAGACAGUGCGGAAACAAAGGGGAACAGCUCAUCCAUAAAGAAUCUGUGAAUGAAACAGUGGCAGAUAGCAUUGUUCUGAAUAUAAAUCAUUAUCGACGUCGACUUAUAAUAACCAGGAGGAUAAUAUGUACACGUGUCAGUAAUAGAUCUGUUGUGUGCUGCAGCGAAAUUGUUUUGGUGAAGUUGUCCCAAACUCAACAGAUGCUGCUCUGGCUCAAACUAUCUCGCGUGAUCGUCUGGAGUUCAGGAAACGAAGUCAUACGAAAUGACAGAAAAGUCUGGUCUGAUCGAACGUCAAUAUCCGCAAAAUGGAACAGCCGUUCCGAAUCACAACUAUGGUGCAACUGAGGAAAUAACUACUAUCACACCGAUAAGUGAACCUACCGGUCCUGGAGGGCCCGGCGAAGGUUCAACCACAGUUGAUUCUCAGAUGGAGAAACGAUCGACGCUCAGAAUAGUGGAGAAAAUUGGCUUCGGUCUGGGUCACGUGUACAAUGACCUGUGCGCUGGGGUGUGGUUCAGUUACACUUUACUGUUUAUGCAAGGGGUCCUUGGAAUGCCAGCGCCCGAGGCAGGUGCGCUGGUCAUGCUUGGACAGGUGGGUGAUGCUGUGGCCACACCCAUUGUAGGAUUUGUGACCGACAAAUACGGUACCAAAAGACAGUGGCAUAUUGCAGGGACGUUCAUUGUGUUCUUAACUUUUCCGAUGAUAUUCUCGCUUUGUCCCUGGUGUGACGUUGCCCCACAUUGGUGGGAAAUAGUAUACUUCGUUAUUGUGAUACUGUUGUUCCAAUUUGGCUGGCCAAUCGUCCAAAUCACUCAUCUAGCCAUGAUACCGGAACUGUCACGAUCUCAGAAGGACCGAUCAGAUUUGACGGCUGUACGUUAUUCGGUCUCCAUCGUAUCGAACGUAGUGGUCUACAUUGUUACCUGGGCAGUACUGCGAACUCGUACAACUGCAGACAACCAGAUUGGGGCCGGUGAUGCCUAUCGGUUCCGUGAUAUCUCAUUGAUACUAACCCUGGUCGGUGUUUCCAUGUCCGUCCUUUUCAACUUCUCGCUCACCUUCACCGGGUACGAACAUCGCAGGCACACCUCUUUGCAGCAUAAUGUCAUCAAAGCCAGCAGCAAGCGGGAGCGAGAUUUGGAGACACAAAGCCUACUGCACUCUGAUAGUGUUACGCCAAAUGCUGAAAUUACCGGGCCUUCGGGUUCCGUCGCAAACAAUACUGUUGCAGCAACUGCCAAAGAUGAUGUCGUAUUGAGGAAACCGAAGAAAAAUUUCUUCAAAUCUCCGCUACUUUAUCAAAAUGCACUACUUUACGUUUUCUCGCGUCUCUUCAUGACAACCUCGCUGGUCUACAUGCCACUCUGGCUCGACGAACGCGCCUUUCAGCCGGAUCCGAUACAGAAUAACGCCAGUGUGGAACACCUGGCAACCGUUCCGUUGGUGUCCUUCCUGGCAUCUUUCAUUGCAUCGGUGGUGCUGAAAUUCGUCAACAAGUACGUGGGGAAUAGUUUCAUGUAUUUUUUCGGUUCGAGUAUUAGCCUUAGCGUGUGCACGUGGAUAGCAUUGUCAUCGGAUUCGGCCACAUUCAGCACCAUCGAGCUGCUAGCUAUCGCAUCGUUGUUCGGCGCUGGCAGCUCGAUCACGAUGAUCAGUAGUUUGUGCAUUACUGCCGAUAUGAUCGGGAAGCACGCCGACCAGGGAGGCUUCAUCUAUUCAGCCGUCACGUUCACCGAUAAGCUCAUUACUGGAGUUGUGGUGGUGGUCAUUGAAUCUAUGAAAUGUAAGAAUCGAAAUGAUUGCCCAGAUUACUAUCGAAGUGUUUUGGCGUACGCAUGUGGAACGGCUGCAGGACUCGGAUGCAUUACGUUGGCUACACUAGUUUGUACCAGCUCCCGGUCCAGGCGACGGCAGCAAACACGAUGACCUUGACUAACCCUUUGAAUACCUAUCAGCAUUAGCAAUAAAUCAGACCGUGAUAGAAAAAAAUCCUUAGAUAUAACAUAUUUGAAAUGUAUAUAGUGCACUUAUGGUUUUAAAAAUAUGUAGUCUAAUAGAGUAAAAUAUAUGUGAGAUAUCGUUUAUUAA